AUGGGCAAUCCGACAUGGCAAGACAAGUGCGCUGCCAAACAGGCCGAAGCAGCUGCCAAAAUCCCCGCUGAAUGGCGACUGUCCGCGGAGAUCCUCCAAAAAGUCGAUAACAGCGAGCUGGAAAUCCUCGAUGUUCCCUCGAAGUGCGGCGUCCUUACUAAAGGAGAGCUUGCAAUCACUGAGAUUGCCGAUGCAACCAUGUUACGAGACAAGCUUGCCGCCCAAGAGCUCAGCGCCAUCGACGUGGCCACGGCCUUCUGCAAGCGUGCUGCCAUUGCGCAACAGGUAACCUCCUGCUUGACGGAGACUAUGUUCCCACAGGCUCUUUCUAGAGCAAACGAGCUGGACAAACAUAUCAAGACAACUGCAAAGCCUUUCGGACCGCUUCACGGUGUUCCGAUUAGUUUGAAGGAGACUUUUAACCUCAAGGGUGUGCACACUUGUCUUGGAUUUGCAUCUUUCCUGGAUCGCGAGCCUGCCACUUGUAACUCGGCCUUGGUAGACAUCCUUCUGGAGGCAGGAGCGGUUCUUUACGUGAAGACCAACGUGCCUCAAACAAUGAUGACGGCAGACUCGCAUAAUAAUGUCUUUGGUCGUGUCCGGAACCCACACCGAAGCACCCUCACAGCCGGUGGCAGCAGUGGAGGCGAAGGAGCUCUGGUAGCCAUGCGUGGGUCUAUCCUGGGAAUUGGCACUGAUAUUGCUGGGUCCAUUCGUAUCCCAGCGCUCUGCUGUGGUACCGUGGGCUUCAAGCCUAGUGUCGGCCGUGUACCGUAUGCUGGACAGACCAGCUCUGGCAGACCAGGAAUGACCGGGGUUGCUCCAUGUGCAGGGCCACUGUGCCACUCAAUGCGCGACGCAGGGAUGCUUCUGCGCGUGGUGUUUGAUGCAUCUUCUGACGAUAACGACGACAUGGCUCUAGGAUUCCCCUGGAUGGAGCCCACCAAAGCAGCUCCGCAGCAACUCACCAUCGGAGUCCUGCCGGAGGACCCCGCGGUUCCACUGCACCCCAACAUGCAGCGCACUCUCCAAGGGGCCAUUGAGAAGCUCGGAAACGCGGGCCAUCACAUCGUGGAUCUAUCUAAGCAAAUCGACUUCUUGGGAGCUGCCGCGGAUCUGGCCUUCCAGUUCUUCCGCAUUGACCCAGACCAGACAUCGGUGCAGAACAUCCGCAAGUCUGGCGAGCCCGCGAUCCCCUCUCUUCGAUUUACGUAUGACCUCGACGGAACGUCAGAAGAGCCGACUCUGCGAGGCUUGUUUGAUUUGAACAGUUCACGAGCCGAGAUCAUGGCUAGAAUGCGCCGUGUGUUCCUCGACAACCAGCUAGACGUGAUUAUCGGGCCUGGAUACCAGACCACGGCAGUUGCUCAUGACACCUUUGGUGUUCCAGUAUACACAGUCAUUGCCAACUUGGUGGAUUAUCCCGCCUGCGUUAUUCCCUAUGGCACCUCUCAGCAGACCGCUGAUGCUGAGUUUGUGCGCGACGUGCAAUAUUAUCCUCCUUAUCUCCCCAAGGAAGUCGAAAAUGCCCCCUGCCACAUGCAGCUUAUCGGUCGUCGGCAGAAGGACGAGGCGCUGCUCUAG